UUUUUUUUGAAAUCACGUGUGUUCGAAAUCAGCUGGUUUGAUGAUUCUUUUUGAAUUUAUUUUUUUGGGGAAAAUUCAAUGAAUUCUUUUCUAUUUAAAUCAAUAAUCGACAAUUUAUGUCGUCGUCAAUCGAUUCGUUAUAAACAUAAUUUUACAUUGAAAGAAAAUUUAACGGAAUUUUUUGAAAAUGUUGAUAAUAAAUAUCGUAAUCAACCAGGAAAUCGAAGACUUUUUUCCGGAAAAUUACCAUUUAAAUUACAUUUUGCUGCUACUUCUGUUAUCAAUAAAUAUCGUAAUAAAAAUUUUCGUCGAAAAGUAAAAGAAAUUGAAGAUGAUUUCCUAAGAAUAUUUGUAAAUAGAGAAUCUGAACAACAACAACAAGAUAAUGUUGAAAAUACGAAAAAAAUUAACGUUGAUGAAUCAUUUGAUUAUGAAAUGGCAAUGAAAAACAUUGGAUUCAAACAAGAAAUGCAAGAACGACAGCGAACUUUAUAUUUUGAAAAAGAUUUUUACAAUAAUCAUGAAUGUGCAAGUUAUAUGGCUGCAAGAUUACCGGCUAAUUUUGCUGUACUUUCUCAUGUAUUCAAUGAGAUUCGAAAUGAAGAACCAGAUUUUCAACCAACAAGUGUAUUUGAUUUUGGUUCCGGUAUCGGUACAACAAUAUGGGCUGCUGAUCAUUAUUGGAAUAAAACAAUACAAGAAUAUUUUUGUGUCGAUAUGAAUGAAAAUAUGAAUCAACUUUCUCGAGAAUUAUUACAACGUGGAACAUUGAAUGAUGAACAUAUUUUAGAUCGAAUUUUUUAUCGUCAAUUUUUACCGGCUAAACAUUUUCCAUCAUAUGAUCUUGUUGUAAGUGCAUUUUCAUUACUCGAAAUGGAAGAUACAAGAAAUCGUUUAUAUGUUGUGGAAAAUUUAUGGCAAAAAACUUCUGGUUGUUUAGUAUUGAUUGAACAUGGUUCAAAAGCUGGUUUUCAAGCCAUUAUGGAAGCAAGAAAUUUUCUUCUGCAAAUUAACCGGAAAAUUCAAUUGGAACAGCAACAAUCAAAUCCACCAAAUCAACCAGAUCGAACUGAAAUUGAUAAUCGAUUAUUAUCGAUUGGUGGAUCGAUAAUGGCACCGUGUCCACAUGAUUUGAUUUGUCCAAGACAAUCAAUAUUGAAUAAGAAAUCCUACUGUAAUUUUGGUGUACAUUAUCAACCGCUUGAUUAUGGCCAAACGAAUCCACGUAUAAAAUCGGAAAAAUUUACAUUUUUAAUUAUGAAAAAACAUGGUCAUUUUAAUUGGAAAGAAGAGCAAAAAAAUUGGUCAAAAAUUAUCGAACCAGUUGUGUCGAAAGCAGGUCAUGCUAUUUGUCGUAUCUGUGAUAAUGAUGGUUUACUUAAACAGAUUAUUGUUUCCAAAUCGAAAACCGAUAAACAUGUUUAUAAAUGUAUAAAAAGUGCAAGAUGGGGUGAUAAAUUACCGAUGGAUGUGAAUGAAUGUACAGUGGAUACCGAAACCGAAACAACAUUAACAACGACAAAAACCGAUGAAUGAAUGAAUGGAGAUCAAGUUUUCUGUAUAGCCAAUGA